AUCAUCAUCAAGUGAUUAUCGAUUAUUCAUCAUCAACAUUAUUAUAUUAUGUUUGAUGUUAUUCAAUCAAAUCCAGAUUAUUCAUACAAAUCCUGUUAUCGAUAUCGAAGAAUUGAAUGAAUUGAUCGAUCAUGAUGAUGAUGAUGACAGUACAAAUAAUAGAAAACAGAUAUUGCCACCACCAUUAUCAUUAUCAUCAUCAUCAUCAGCAUUACCACCACUACUAUCGCCACAAUCAUCAUCAUACAUACAAAAUGAAAAUGGUGUCAUCGUACCAACAACAAAAGAAAAUGAAUUACUACGAAAUACUGAUACAAUAUUGCCAUCGUCGUUUUCAUCAUCAUCAUCAUCAUCAGCGCCAACAUUAAAAUUGGCGUCAUCAUCAUCAUUCAUGAAUAACAUGAUGAUGUUGGCCAAUGAAAACAUAACUGAAAAUAUUGUACGAUUAAAUCCCAAAGAAUGUAUAUUCGUGAAAACCGAAGAUGGCAUCUAUACAUUAAUAUCGGAAGAUGAAAGCAAUCUAGUCUGUGGCCUAUAUCUGAUGGCCAGUCCAACACAAUUGGUUGAAAUAGAAUUCAUACAAUUCAAUGUUAGCUGUCAUAAGAAUGGAUUAUUAAGCGUAGUAGAUGGAUGGGAAUUGAUGGGACAAUUUUUUCCUAGUGUUGAAGAUCAUCCAAUACCAAGGGAUGCACGUUAUCAUGAAUUUUGUGGCCAUAUAAAACCGAAAAAAAUUUUUCGUAUGUCACAAAAUGUUGGCCUAAUUGAAUAUCGUAUACCGACCAUUGGUCAAGGUUUUACUGUUCGUAUUAGAUUUAUUGACAAUCCAAAACCAUGCAAUACAAUAAUACAAGGCGUUAAUUAUGGAAUCUAUACAUUACGAAAUUAUGGUCGCCGUAUUAAUUGUACAAUGUCCAUACUGUUUAGCGCUUCAUUUCGUAUAUUAUCGAUGAAUGUUGGCCAAAGUUAUCGUCGAUUGGACAGUAUAAUUCAUUCACCAAGAAGUUAUGCUAUAGAAACUGGUGUCAUUAAAAAGUGCAAAAAAAGAGGCAUGAAUGAUUAUGUAGAAUUUCGUGGCGGUCAAGGUUUGGAUACACAAUUAAUGCAAGUCGGUGAUGAUGUUUGUGGUUUUCGACCAUUUCCACAUAAAAAACGUUUCACUGUAAUGUGUACAAAUACAGCAGUACGUCUAGUAUCCAGUGGUCAAUACGAUAAUCAAAUUGAAUUCGGUUAUGAACCAAUGUUAGACUUUGAACCACCCGUUAAUCAGCCUGCAUCGUUGAUUUGUCCAAUAAAUCAACAAGAUCAAUAAGGAUUAUAUAUAUCAAACAACAACCACUCCAUCCCAAAUCAUCCUAAUGGAUAAAAAAAAGUCCAGUUAUUAAUAUUGCAAGAGAAAAACUUUUAACCAUUCUAUAUGUUGAUUUGUUUCGUUUUUUUAAAAUCAUUACCACUGAGACAACACGCGUGUUUAUCAUUGAUAUUAGUGCACACACACACACACACACACACACAUACACACACUUUUAUGUUUGAAGGGGAAAGGACAAAUCUAUCUUUCUCCAGUUAUUUUUUCAUCAAUAAAAAUGUUUGAAUCUGAAGAUUUUCGUUGUUGUAAUAAAUCUGAUCUGAUCUGAUAUGAUUA